GGUAGCUGGUUAAGAUUGCUGUGAUGGUGUGAGAGCUUCGAAAAUUGCCACUAUUGAUAUCGCCAAGAAUUUCCGUUGCCAACUGUCACCUUCUGUGGAUCAGCGAUGGUCAGGAAAUAUUCAGUCGGAGGAGAUGACGUCAGUCAAGUCUCAGGCAUCAUCAGCAGUCUGUUGGAUUUUGGCAACACUGCUGCUCUGCAAGGAGUACCGGAUGAAGAGAGCGAACGGAAAGAAGACAAUAAGAUCAAGGGAUGGAAAUGCCAGUCCACGGUGGCACUUCUUGGAUUCUUCGGUAUAACUGUAGGAUACCUAGUGAGGGUUGGUCUAUCAAUAGCCAUUGUUGCGAUGGUUGGAAGAAACACCACCAACUUGCACUCAUCAGUGAAUCAAACGAAUGACGUGUGUCCUUUACCACCUGACAAGUGGGGCGUCCCAGAAAGCGAGAUGGGUGACUUCGACUGGGACAAGAGCACCCAAGGGAUGAUACUGGCUUCAUUUUUCUAUGGGUACCUCUCUACGAGUCUCUUGGGCGGACGAGCAGCCGAGCUGUAUGGAGGACGAAUUAUCUUCGGCCUCGGAAUUGUUUUGACAUCGGUCCUUGCAAUUGCGUCUCCUCUGUGCGCGUACAUUUCAAAGGAGGCUCUAAUAGCAAACCGGAUUUUGCAAGGAAUGUCUCAGGGCGUCAUUUUUCCUGCCAUCAAUACGCUCAUGGCAACUUGGACCACACCAAAGGAAAGAAGUAAAACAGUUACACACAUCUAUAUUGGUAUCCAGGCAGGUACUAUAACUGGAAUGUCCCUUGGCGGCUGGCUGUGCAACUUGAAAUCCUACGGCGGCUGGUCUUUGGUCUUUUACUUUUUUGGAGGAACCGGGAUAUUGUGGGGCAUUGCGUGGUUCCUCCUGAUUCACGAUAGACCUGAGACUCAUCCAAGAAUCUCUCCAGAAGAACUUCGGCACCUGCAGCAGUGCAAGGCGUCUGUCAAGAGCGCAGAGGUUGUCGCCAUACCAUGGAAAGCUUUAAUGAAGUCAAAAGCAUUUUUGGCCAUUGUACUGAUGUACUUCAGCAACGGUUACGGAUUCUAUACACUCCUGACAGGGCUCCCUACGUACUUCAGCGAUAUCCAGCACUUCGAUUUGAAUCAAAGCGGUUGGACAUCAGCCAUCCCCUACCUUGCCAUGUGGGCUGUCAGUGAGUUUUGGGCUCAAGUGAUGAACUGGCUGACGGUGAAUGACAAAAUUUCCAUCACACAAGUGAGAGUUCUCUCUAACACCGUGGGUUCUUAUGGUCCCGCCCUGUGCUUGGUGGCUAUGUGCUUCGUCGGGUGCAAUUCCACCGUAGCCAUGGUGAUCAUUUGCUUGGCAGUCGGUCUGAAUGGCACUUGCUACGCCGGCUACUGCUCGUCGACCCAGGACAUCGCGCCUAAUUUAGCCGGCACUCUCCUAGGUCUAGGCAACACCCUUGGCGGUCUGUCGGGUUCAGUCGCACCCAUGAUAAUGGGAGCGAUCACGAAUACUAACCAAACGGUUGGAGCGUGGCGAAUAGUCUUCAUAAUUCCGAUCUGCCUCUGGGUAGCGGCCAGCACCUUCUACUUCAUCUUCAUUACUGCCGAAGUCCAGUCUUGGAAUGAACCGACGACGAAAAAGAAAGUGAAGGAGGAAAAUGGCCCAGACCAAGAUAAUACGACAGACAAACUAAUGAACGAAGCAAAGAGCCGUUCGAACAUUGUUUAGCCUAAGGAGAAGCAGGAAUCUCUACCGCUCCAUUGCUAUGAGAUUGGAGUUGUCCUCAGUUUGUGAAGUAAUGCAGCUCUAAAAUAACAGAAACGAA